GCUUCGGUGACUCACGGUGUAGUAACGGCAGAAGAGGGCCAGAGCCCGAGCAGAGCACUUCAAGAUGUGGGUCAGGACGGCUUCACUGUGGAUGACAUGGGGUAAGUUUUGACUGAAGCCUGUCUCUGUUAUUACCCGAAAGUAAAGUCAAUAGCUGGUGGACUGUAACAGAGGAUUUUACUAACGGCGGUGUUUGUUUGUGAAGUCUGUCUCGUGCAGAGCUCCGGGAUGCUGUCUCACGUGGAGAGGUAUGAAGUAGUCAGACCUCAGAGACUUUCAGGGAGGCAGAGGAGGAGUGUGAAGGACACACAGGUGAGCACACCUGAGAUUUCUCCAGUGAAAGUCGAUGUAAAGUUUACGAUUUUUAACCUAUUAGCCUGCAUAACAAAGUAAAAAGUUUGUCUUGCAGUCAGAAAUUUGACAAUUGCUGUUUUUAUUUAUUUGCUUUAAUUAAUGAAGUGAUUUAGUAAGUGAGUGAUAUAUAAUAACUUUGCAGUUUUGAUGCAUGGUACAAUAAUACCAGGAAUGUGAGAGUGUCACUUUUGUCUGAGAAAUAGUGACCCACAUUUCUCACCAUCUAAAUAUUAUUUUGCAAACCAAACUUUUAGGAGUAACUGGGACCAAUAAACUCUUGAAUUUGAUUUUUCAUACUUGUAUCAAGAACAAUUAUUGCAUCAAGCAUAAAUGUACAAAAAUGUUGUAAAAGUUUGAUUUUUUUCAACAGCUGUAUCCUGAUACCGUUCAGUACCAGCUUGCUAUCGAAGGGCGAAAUCACAUGAUUCACCUGGAAAAAAACUGGUUCGUAUACACGCUUUAAAAUCACAAAAAUAUCUUUCUAGUAUUAUAUUUCAUUACAGAGAAGAGAAGCUUUCUGAUUUGGCCUUUUCUGUGUGGAUUUUAAAGGGAUCUUCUUGGGAAAGACUACACUGAAACACAUUAUUCAGAAGAUGGAAAACGAGUCACAACAUCUCCAAAUGAGGUGAGAUUUUUCUACGUUAAUUUACCUUUAAAUAAGAAGAAAAAAAAUUCACCCUUCUCAAUCUCUCUGGUGAAUAAAGAGGCUCUUUUUAAUUCAUAAAUUGAGGCUAAUGAGUGAGAACUGGGUCAUUAUCAAAAAAAGAACUAACUAACCAUUCAUGCAAAACAUAUUUAUACCUGUAAUUCUGAUUAUUUUCACCGUUUUAACUCACAGUGAAUACAUCAUAAGCAUGUUGAACUCCUGUUAGAUUUUUCCUGCAUUUAAAUGAAUAUUUUGAGCGUCAGUCAUGCGAACAAAGACGUGGACUUUGCCCACAGGUCUCCCUCUUAAACCUCCCUGUGUCACUUUACCAGUGUGCAGUUUGAGUGACUCAAACGUGAUAAAGAUCGGACAUUUCUCACACGUUAUUCAUACUUCCUUGCAGAUAAAACAACAAAGUCCUUAUCUGUGUGUAGAUGAAGAAUGUGAAGUAUAAACCACCUCUGCUUAAUCCUCUGAAUCUUUGCAGGAGCACUGUUACUAUCACGGCCACAUCCAGGGCAUGAAGGACUCUUCGGUCAGCGUUGGGAUUUGUUCAGGAAUCAGGUAAGAAAACCUCGAGGUAUUUUUACAUCUUUGGUUCUUGUUUGUAUUUUUCCACUAAAAUUGUAAUCAGUAAAAUCACCCACGUGCUUGUGAAAUGUGUUGCUUCUUUGUUUUGAGUAAUCCAGCAGUUUGUUCAUGUGUUUGCACCUUUGGUUGAAACUGAACUUGUAUUUACGUUAUUGACUCACAUGAAACUUUUCCUCUGACGAAACUUUAAAUUAUGACAAUAUCUAGUUCAUUUGGUCAGUUUACAUCAUUUUCCCUUAUUUGUUACUGUGUUACUAUCACUCCAAUUCAUAUCUCAUAUAAGAGACUCAAACCUGUAUGGGAUGAAGUCAGUAAAGAAAUGAAAAAGGUACCACUUAGUCCACAGGGGGCGCCAAACUCAUCACAAACUGGAAGCUUCUCACAGUAGCUUUAAAUUGAAAUAAUCUAACGAUGAUAUUAGAGGAGCUGCAGAGAACAAACAACUAUUUCUGUACACAUACUCUAACUCCAUAUUUUACAUGUUAAGUGUUUUUAAAGGUGCAUUUAGUAACUCUUAGAUAUGUAUUUACAUAAUUGUAUCAAUGUAGAAAUUGAAAAUGGAUCGUUCCUGCGCCAACUAGUUUUUUGCUAAAUUAGGAUGAGCCAUAUUUUGAAAAGUGAUUUCUUCCACCACUUUGCCUUUAUUGAUAGAACAGCUGAAGAGAGACAGGGAGUUGAACCAGCAGACGCUACAAUGAGGAUUACAGCCUCUGUAAACGGGGCUCUUGCUUAAACUGCUCCCAGAAUGAGUCUUCUAUAUCUGCAUUGGGUCCUCUUUUUCUGAGUCAUGGGACAAUCGGCUGUGAAACUGCUCUGGUAGUAAAUGCUCAUGAAGCUGACUCACAUCGGAACCUUUGAAACGAUGAACCAUGUCUUCUCCUUCUCUGUUUGCAGUGGUUUUGUGCGAGCACAGCAGCAGGUUUACCUGAUCGAGCCUCUGGGACGCUCUGAUGAUGCUGAUCAUGCAGUUUACAGACGGGAACAUCUGAAGACCCGCGGGACCGUCGGGUGUGGCUCCUCGUCCGACACAAACACUUCUGUACUGUACGACCAGGACCAGGACCUGAGCCCUGCUGCCCUAUUCAGGUCCAGAUCAUGGGUCAGUGACUGUUAAAUCUAUUUCUUCGGGGUGGUUAGGUUAGGCCCUGAAAAUGACACUAUAUUGUGAACCCACAUAUACGAAUGCAGCCAAAGCCAUGUUGUAGUUGUAAUAACUAGGAAGCUGGGUCACAUUAAAACCAGAUGUGUCCAUUACGUAAACACUUAUAUGAGUAAGUUGACACCUAUCAGCACUCUGAGUGACCUCACACAUCCUCUCAGGACACGGAUACUGAAAACUUCGAUGGUACGGCAGAUAACAGACCCACAACAGCCACAGUCAGCAUUCUGAACACAGAUAAACUCCGUUUUCUCACACAAGUUCAACUCUCUGCACACUAUGAGCUGGUCUUAAACUAAACAGACAACGCCAUCAGGCCUUUAUUACCCCUAACAGCUUUAACCAGCCGCUCCUCCCAAAUAUGUCUGCUCCAAUUUGGUGUGCAAGAGUUCUGUUGAGGCACGGCGUACCAAAUUUAUGAGAGUCAAGUUAAACAAAGUUACCCCUCAUAGACACACAUGGGCAGCAGAUAAAACAGAACAGGCACUGAACAAAAUCCAAUAUUAAGAGAAAUAAAACAAAUAAUUUAGUCGUUCAAAAAGCCAGAAGAAGCUGAGAAAAAACAAGGUUCGAUGUGACUUUAGGCUGCUGUUUUCGGCUCAGUUCGAGUGUGCUGAUUGUGACUGUUCUUGUGGUGGAGCUCUUCAAAGCUUCGUGUCUCCUCUGAUACCACAGGGAAAGAUCAGAAUUUUCCAGAAAAUGUUCAGUCUAACUCACUGAACAAUGCGAGCUGUUUGAGAGUGUUGCAGAUUUAGCAGGGGGAUUUUUCACAAACGAUAACAUGAUAAUUACAAAAAAAGUGAAAAAAAAAAGAGGAGAAAGAGGAUUUCGAAUAACUCCAUAAGGAGGGAUUUCAAAUGUGUGUCAAAGGGUGUGCUGCAUGUAAAUGUAAGUGUCUGAAAAUCAGACAGAGCACAUAUGAACUUCCUCUCAGUUUUCCUCCUCUGGUUUCUGGUUCUCUUUUCUGUGACCUCGUUUAACUCGGGGGGGUUAAUUUUUCACACGUCCACGCAGAGUGCUUUUUUUUUUUUAAUGUGAUUGAAUCAGGAUCAGCUUGCAUACGUAAGGGAUCUUCUGUUCAAACAGUAUAAAUACACUUGGCAUGUCGUGCAUGAAGUCUGGACAUUACUGUGACGUUAGGAGACUCUGUGGCUGGAUGAGAGUCUGUGUUUUGUGUCAUGUGGAGCCAGAACGGGAAAAUCCAACACGUGAAGAUUAGCAAGACAAGAUAUUAUUAGCUGACAUAAGAGCUGCCUUUUAUCGACUUCCACUUUAUCUGUCGUUUCUGUUUGUGUGUGCAAAUGAGAAUAUUAAAAGUGUAAAAUAUUGUAAUUUUGGGACAUUAUUUUUGUUUUUAAGCUAAGUUAAUUUUGUUCAAGUGAGACCUCUGAUCCUGGAUCCACCAUGCUCUCUUUGACCCCAGGUCUUCAUGAUAAAGGGUUUCUUCUCAUUCUUCCUUCCUUCAGAAAUCCAUACCAGCCUCAGGUCCACAGAAGUUUGUCGAGCUGUUUGUGGUGGUGGACAACACUGAGGUACGAGUCUCAGUCUAAUAAUCCACUAUCAUGAUUCUGCUGUUAAAUGAAUCUGAUCAUAUUUUAUCCUUCUCCAGUAUAAGAGAUAUGGAAGCGAAACUAAGUCCCGUAUUCUUGGAGUUGUGAACCACAUCGAUAAGGUAAUUCUUUGUGUUUGACUUUGUUUUUUCGCUCUGUACUCUGAUGCGUUCAUACUAAAUGUCCUCCUCUCUGCCUGCAGUUGUAUAAGACUCUGAACAUCCGUGUCAUGCUGGUGGGUUUGGAGAUCUGGACGUACACAGACCACAUUGAUGUCAGCUUAAAUUCUGAGAAAGCUCUGGACAACUUCCUCUCAUGGCGCCAGUCUGAUCUUCUGCAAAGGACGAAGCACGACAACGCUCAGUUUGUGACGUGAGGAGCAGUCUUCGAUAUCUUUAAACUCAGUGAUGCUGCUGCUUUAACCUCAUGUUGGACGUUUCUUCUCUCUAUAGCGGCAAAGAUUUUGAGGGAGACACAGUCGGACUGGCAAAUAAGUUCGCCAUGUGCACUGAAAACUCUGGUGGAGUCAAUCAGGUAUGACUGAUUUACAUUAAAGUGGUAUUCUUCUUGAAUAUUCUGUUGAAUCUGAAUCAAUAACUCUGCAUGUAUCCUCCAGGAUCAUCAUGAUAACCUGAUAGGUCUGGCCUCAACUAUCGCUCACGAGAUGGGACAUAACUUUGGCUUGUCUCAUGAUGCUCCGGGAUGUUUUUGUGGUCCAUCUUACAGCACAGGGAACUGUGUGAUGGCAGACAAGCUCAAGUAAGGACACAUUUACAUAUUAGGAAGCAUGAAUUGUCCAAAAACAUCUCUGAAGGUGUUUGGAUAAUCCCCCUCUUUGGUAUAAGCUCGGUGGUGCAUCUGAUAGAAAGACAAAAAACCACCAUAUUCCAUCACAUAUUGUUGUAACCAUGUGCUGUUUACCUUUGAAUCCUAUCCUCUGUAAAGCUGAAUUCCCUUCGCUCCUCUGCAGGACAGCAGCUCAGGCGUUCCCAGAGUUUUUCAGCAGCUGCAGCGUGGAACAGCUCGCUGAAUUCAUGGAGCGAGCCCAGCCCAGCUGUCUGACCAAACCCAGCUCUGUCAGGACCAUCGCUGUGGGCCCCCGCUGCGGAAACGCGCUGCUUGACCCCGGGGAGCAGUGCGACUGCGGCACAGUGGAGGUAAAACUCUUAGCCAAGGGUUAUGACCUUGUCACUUUUUUUUGAAAGUCUGAACUUGCUCUUUGGUGAUGGAAAAUGCCACCUGGGUUUGGCGUGCUGGUGUGGUUUCCUGAGAGCGAGAUUACAGCUAAUAAAAGCCAAGGUAGCGAUGAUUCAGAGAUCGUGGCCUUGAAAGCUGAAAUAGUUUUCCUGUGUGCUCAUGUCUUAUCGGAGCCGAGGAUUGGCAGAGAUGUGCUUGUGUGAGGAACUGUUAUCACAGCGUGUCAUGAUCAAGGCUGGAGUGGAUAUGUAAACAUGACACAGCUGAAUAAGAAUGUCUCUUUACUCAGGAAUGCAAGAACCCGUGCUGCGAUGCAUCAACUUGUCGUCUGACUGAAGGAUCCCAGUGUGCGCACGGACAGUGCUGUGACAACUGCCAGGUAAUUCUGCUGUUACUGCCCAUUUUAUAGCUCUUUUGAGAGGGUUUGCCAGCUGAAGACACGGUAACAACUCCUGCUUUAACAGGAUGAGGUGUUUGCUGGCAUGUUCGCAAAUCUGUGAGGCUGCACAGAGGUACCAAAUAUGGUAACAGACAGUCCAUCCAGGAGUUGUUGAAACGUUAACUCUAGAGAAACACGACCGUGAUUCUCUCUGUUAGAGUUGAGGGAAAGUCAAGGGGAUUCUCAAAACAAUAAGAGUUCAUCCUCUGGGGACCAGGUGAUUAAACAAACCUUUGUGCCAAUCCAAUCAGUAAACAGCACUUAAAUUCACGGCAACAUGUGGCGAUAUGUUCUCAUGAAAACCUCUUGGCUGCCCAGGAGGAGAGAUGUUUAAGCAUCAGUCUUCAGUGCCAAGGGUUUAUCAUCUGUGAGCAUGAAUGUCCACACUAAGUUAUUAGACACAGGUGUUUAAUAGAAGAUAUUCAUCAAUUUUACACAAAACAAGGUAAACAAAAAAAACAGCAGGCCGAGAGGAAAAGUCCGAAAUUCACAGCAUACAGAUGGGUUCAUCCUUUUGGACAAUGAAUGCCUGUGAUGGUUCGAGUCCAUUCAGCAGUUGUUUUUUACAGUCUUACUGACUUACUGAAGUGCAGCGUGCAGAGAGAGCGAUCAAACAGACACACCCUGCUGCUGGAUAACCACCGUGGGCUUUAAAAUAGCAACAGAAGAAGGUUCCUCUGCAGUCCACUUUGAAACGGCAGCAGUUCAAUAAUAGCAGGAAACAGAGGCUGAUAUGCUGCUGCUUCCAUGAAAUUCACCACAUCCUUCCUCUAAUGACUGGAGGAGACAUGAAAUACACAUGAUAAUAAUUAUACGUGCUGCUCAGCCAGCUGCAGCUUCACUGUAAUUCUUGAUAAAUCUCCUAAAAUGUGCUUUAACCCACAGUUCUCGCUGUCUGGGAGCGUGUGCAGAAGGUCAGCUGGUGACUGUGACCUGCCUGAAUACUGCACCGGAGUGUCGGGGGACUGCCCCGAGGACAGCUUCGAAAUGAACGGCAAACCGUGUUUUGACCAGACAAAGGGCUACUGCUACGACGGCCAGUGUCCUUCAUAUGAGCAGCACUGCUGGAGGCUGUUUGGACAAGGUACACUCUAAAGUUUGUAACGUUAAAAACAACCUUUAGUGUUUCUUUUUCCACCGAGUACACGAAGCCUGGGCUCGAGAAGCUCUGGAUAUACACAUCUUUGUGUAUAAUUUCAGUAAACUCCAGCGUCACAGGGUGGUUUUCUUUUUAUGUGAAAAAGAAAUUAAAUGAAUGAAUCUCUUACUGAAUUAACAGUCUCUACAUUUACAAGAGUGCAUUCAAAUCUGACAGAUGUUUAUGAAAUGCAAGUUCAGGCUCAUGACGUUCAGUAACACCCCCUCCCUUUGAGAUCUGCCACAAUCAUUAAUAAAAUCAGUGUGAGGAAACUACCCUGUGAAACUCCACAUCGCCUGCAAACAUGUUUGACUCCCCGCCAAGCUCUUACUUCAGUUAUAUAAAGAUGAGAUCACUCAAGGCUACAGCCUCAGUAUCCAGUGUUCCUGAUCUAAACAGAUCUGUUGGGAACAUGUGUGCGGACUAGAUGUGCAAACUCAAAAACACUUGAAGAAGCUUUUUGUGGGGGGUAUGCUGUGCAUGUUGGCAGUGGUAAAACAGCGAAACAAAGUCUAAAGUCUGCAUCAUGUCCAGGCAGAACUCAUCCACACCUAAGGAGUCUUCACUUAUCAUAAAAAUAUCUACCAGGCACAUGGGUGAGGCUUUUUCUGUUCUCUGAGUCUUCAGUCACCCUAACAGUAGAGACAUGUUGCACUGAUUCAGGAGCUCCAAAGAGUUGUUCCCAUAAGCUGACCCUGCUUGAGUCAUCAAACAGCUUGCCAGAACUAGCUCCCAGUACCUGACUGCUGUCCAAGCCCAGCAUCAAGGUCUUUUUUCAGCUUGACAGUCUCCAACUUUAGAAUAUAAAUGAAAGACUUAAGAAUGUAACAGAAUGACAAGAAUGUAACAGAAAGACUUGGAAAGUAACAAGAAGACUUAAGAAUUUAAAAGGAGGUCUUCAGAAUGUAACAGAAUGACAAGAAUGUAACAGGAAGACUUAAGAAUGUAACAGAAUGACAAGAAUGUAACAGGAAGUCUUCAGAAUGUAACAGGAAGUCUUCAGAAUGUAACAGGAAGACUUAAGAAUGUAAUGGAAUGACAAGAAUGUAACAGGAAGUCUUCAAAUGUAACAGGAAGACUUAAGUAUGUUACAGAAAGACUGGGAAAGUAAAGGAAUGACUUAAGAAUGUAACAGGAAGUCUUUAGAAUGUAACAGGAAGAGGAAAAUGUAACAGGAAGUCUUUAGAAUGUAACAGGAAGUCUUUAGGAUGUAACAGGAAGACUUAAGAAUGUAAUGGAAUGACAAGAAUGUAACAGGAAGAGGAAAAUGUAACAGGAAGCCUUAAGUAUGUUACAGAAAGACUGGGAAAGUAAAGGAAUGACUUAAGAAUGUAACAGGAAGACUUUAGAAUGUAACAGGAAGAGGAAAAUGUAACAGGAAGUCUUUAGAAUGUAACAGGAAGAGGAAAAUGUAACAGGAAGACUUGAGAAUGUAACAGGAAGUCUUUAGAAUGUAACAGGAAGUCUUUAGAAUGUAACAGGAAGUCUUUAGAAUGUAACAGGAAGUCUUUAGAAUGUAACAGGAAGUCUUUAGAAUGUAACAGGAAGUCUUCAGAAUGUAACAGGAAGUCUUUAGAAUGUAACAGGAAGUCUUCAGAAUGUAACAAUGUCUCCUCUGGCUUCUCUUUAUGUGUUGAGGUUAACUGUGAGGUUCUCUUGUCACUAGGGACCAGAGUUGGACCUGAUAUGUGUUUUGACCUGAACCGACGGGGUGAAGAAGGUGCUAACUGCGGGAGGAACAAAAUGGGCUUCAUCUCGUGUGCAAGACCGUAUGUAUCAUUACCACAUGCACUGCAUUAGUCUGGUUUUACGUCCGAAUUUAAUCCCAUAUUUAUUCACAGAUUUCUUUUUGGCCUGAUUUUCAAGGUCUUGCUUUAAUGAGACUAAAUUUCCUCGAUGAGUUAAUUAGUCUUUUCUUGUAGGAAUCUCAAGUGUGGAUCUAUGUUUUGCACUGGAGGAGGAGAAUCCAUCACGGGCAAAAGAGCUUCCUACACUGUGUUUGGCCUUGAAUGUAAAGUAGCUGUGGAUGACGACAAGACCAGGAACAUGGACAUCGUGCCAAAAGGAACCAUGUGUGGACCAAAUAAGGUAAAACAUUCAGAGAGGAGAUGAAUUUCAGUGAUCGUUUGUUAUUUUUUUGAUUUCCGGUUGAGAACCAGUUGGUUUUUUUUGCAGGUUUGCCACAACAAUCAAUGUGUGGAUGUAUCUGUUUAUGGGAAGAAGGAGGACUGUGCAAAGAAGUGCAGCAACAACGGGGUAAGAGAGCAAACCGGAUUAAUACUUAAAUCCUUUUGAACGUAAACCCUCUGAGUAAAAUAGCCUGAUCCAUGAAUUAAUAAUUACAUGACAUUAUAUCCAUAGGUGUGCAAUCAUAAGAAUGAGUGUCACUGUAAUCCUGGCUGGGCUCCACCGUACUGUGACAUCCAGUAUGCAGAUUUACCUCAAGGUACUGCACAUUUGACUUUCUCUAAAAUGAAUUUGAAUGUGUUCAGAGUUGUGAGCAGGUCGAGAUCUGGAGGUCGGCUCUCAGUCUGAGCUGCUCGGAUAAAACCAGGUCACAGCUGCUGGUUGAAUCACUCUUCCAGUCAGAAACAAACAUGAAUGAUUCAUAAUGACUGAUCUCUUAUUUCUCCCAGCGCUGACCUCAUCAAGAGUUAAUGAAACACCGUCAAAGUGACCUCAGUUAAAGCUGUUUCUUCUCGAAGCUAAACUGCUCUGAAUGUCUCCUUAUACAGUUCAAAACAAAAUUAAAAGAGCUACAGGUUGUUUCCGAUCUUAUAUAGUCUAAUAGUCUUGAGACUAUUUCUGCAUAAGAAAUGAAAAAGUUUACAAACUAUUAUGAGUGAGAGAGCUUGGAUAAAACCAAAGAGGAAGGAGAUUCAUUUCACCACAGAGCUGACCGAAAUUGUGAAAUUCCCGAGAACAAGGAGUCUUUUCUUACCAAAAAAAAAGUUGUGAAAUGCUGCUGGUUUGUACUUUUUACCAAACUAACAGUCUCUAUCAUGACAAAAAGAGAAGACUUAAAAGGAACAUGUUUGUUGGACCGACAGAUGACUAUCAUCUUAUAUUACGAGCAGCUGAAACAAAGAAAUAGUGCCAGGCGGGAUUAAUAAAAGUGUAAGAGGAGGUCCAGCAGACAACCACAAAUGUACGCUGCUCGUCUCUCUACAAACUCCUCUUUGGGUUUCUUCCUCUCCUCGUCUCCUCUCCUCAUGAUGAUGGGCUGGGGGAGUCCGGGGUUGACUUCAGGACACUGGAGCAAACUGUAGAUCCUCCCUGUGGUGUCAUGACCCGAACUUAAUAACUCUUGAGAACUCUGGUGAUGUUGAGGCUCUUGCUGCUCACCCGUCUCCAUCUGUCUUCAUGUUUGGGUGUUGGAGGACAUUAGGAGCUGUGUGGUGUGCUUUUCCUUUACAUUUGAGCACAAGUACAUUGUGUUUGUUUCAAACUGAGCUGGAUCACAUGCGUAUUUAUCCUUAGAGAACCAGAACGGCUAAUAAUUAGCGCAGAACUCGUCUAUAAAUGUGUAUGAAUACCCGACAUCUAGCCGCUCUUUCAGCUCUUUAUAUGUCUAAAAACAAACAUGAAGCAGCGUGACAUACCGUGAUCAUAAACACAACAGGGAGACUGUUAAAUCGUGAAACUUCCCCUUUCUGUCUGCAGGCCAGAGCAGGAUAAUAGCUGGUGUGUGUGCGGUCCUCUCCGUCCUCCUGCUCAUCACCGCUGUGAUCGCAGGCCUGAUGUGCUGCAAAAAGGACAACAUGGAGAACUACACCUACAAACGGUAGCUUUGAUUCCUUCAACAUCUACCCAUGUCAGUGAGUUUCAGAGUUUUUCUCUCACUCCUCUUUAACACGUUUUGUCACCGCAGGAAAGUGCACUCAGCCCCAGGAAAGUUGAACCCCAUGUUCCAGGAGCCGAGUGUAAAAAACAGACCUCAGAUCAGUCUGCCUACUUUCAUGGAGUCAACAGCAACACAAGCCUGCACUCCACUUAUUGUGACUGUGACUCCCUGCAGGCCUGCCCCUCAGGUACAGAGAGCAGACACAUGUUAGAGAUCCAUUCAUGUGUGAGCAGGUUACACAUUUACAGCGAAAAAUACAAACUUCUUAAAGUCACAGUGGUUUUUUCUCUUUCCACAGCCACCAAAGACACUGUCUGCAGAGUCGUCUACCUCACAAGCUGAGCCGGUAAGACUAACAAAGACACACAAACCCGCAACAUGAUCUGAUGCAUAAAGUAAACUGAGGAUCACGUUCAGAGUUGGCACCUUGAGCAAGAGUUUAAGAGUCUAAUGAAAUAAAACAUGGAGCAGAACCUAAGGCCACUUUUAGACGGAAACGCUCUCCAUAGAAAACGGAGAAGUGCCGUUUCGUUUCCAGUUUUUAUGCUGUGUUUACACAAAAACGCGAUGUGGUUGAAAACGCUGUAAUGUGCAUGCCAGGUCGCUAGGUGGCGCGUUUCGGUGUGACCGCGCUCCCAUAGAGAUCAACAACGAAUAGCGAUGUGAGCGAUGUGAGCCAGGACGUCACAGGUUUGACUGUUUUCAGCGUUUUUGUACUUUAGACGAAAGCGGGACGAGCAGAGCGUUUACAACAUUUCCACUCUGAAGGGGGUUUUCACUUUGUUACGUUUUCAUCUCCUGAAAACGCAGUUGCCGUCUAAACGGACCCCUCUAAACGAAACUAAAUUUUUCUGUUUUCUAAGGAGACCGAUACGUCUAAAAGUGGCCGUAGAGGAUAAAGCUGCUGUAACAGUCGGAUGUCCUUUUACACACAGAAAUUUGUGAAAAUUUCCCCAAAAUUCAGAAUGAACUGCAUGAGUGAUGAUGUUUUUAUCACGCAGCCGGCGCACAACUUGUGCAAUUGUUGAGCAUAUAAUGAAGCUACUUCAUAAUAUUUUUUUCACUGAAUCGCUCUUUCACUCUUUCGAUUUUGUCCAAUUAUCAUCAGCAGAAAUUCCAGAAAUUUCCAGGAGUUAGUUGCACGUGUGAAUAAAACUACAGCAUCAAACUCUAACUCCUCUCUCUCUGCAAACAUCUCGCUCAGUUUGUUUACAUGCACGGUCGAGUCAAGCUACGUUUACGGCUCGAUUGAGCAGUUUAACUGGACGACUGUCAUCGCAUUUAAGGUGUUUACCUCCACACAAGCUGUAGAACACGCACAGAACACUUCAGCCAGUUAGAGUCUGAUUGAGGCGUAAACAUGACAGAGAAAAUCGAUCCCCUGUCACAUUAUCCAGGUAUGAGAGGUUCGAUUCGGUGCAAUUUCGACUUAUUGAGAAAGUUCGGUUUCAGUUGAACUUCACAGUAAAUCUUUUUCAGAACAAACUGUAAAAACAAGGACUGAGACUUCUGCAGCGUCCUUGUCCUGUUUACUGAGAGCGCCCUCAUCUACUGUCGCACUGUGAUGACUGGUGAACUGUGGCAAAGGGACAGACUGGAAAAUUUCCAGAAUUUAUCAGUGUCACAUUUGUGAAAAUGGCCUCAGUUAAAAAAGAUAACCAAUGGGCGGCACAGUGGUGUAGUGGUUAGCACUGUCGCCUCACAACCAGAAGGUCCUGGGUUCGUAUCCUGGUCAGGGCAUUUCUUGUUUUAUGAACAGUGAACAAACCAGUUUAAACACAAAUAAACGUUAAUAAAAGACACGAAACAGUAAAAGUUUUGGUGUGAAUCACAAUAUAAGGGGGACAUGAGCUGCUUGGCGGAGGUCUGCGCUCUCCGAGUGCUUUUCUAGUUUUGUUUAUACAUUAAAAACAAACUCUUACCCUUUUUUUUUUUAUCCGCAGAUGAAACCGCAACCUCCGUGUAAACCUUUACCACCUCUGAGUACAGCACAGGUGAGUCACAGCUACAGAUGCUCUCACUCUAAAUAUGAUAAAGUUUCUUUUAGUGUCAAAAUUUAAAAUAAAAAAACUUGAACUGGCCGGUUUUAUUCCAGUGACGCCUCCAUCUCUGUUAUUUUGCUUUGAGAAGUUCUGUAGUGGCAGAGCAGAGUCUUUACAGCGUGAAUUUUUGAUGGAUCUUGGUCGUUUGCUGAUCUGUAAUUUUCUCUGAGUUAAAGAGUUCACUGACCGAGCUCCUUCAUUUAUCCUGGCGGGAAAUGAAACACGUUCAUUCAUCGUUACUUUCAGAGCAUCUUUCGCCGCCUGUCUCCGCGUCCCCGCUUGCUCCUGAAAGUGAAACGUUUCCAGUGUGAAUCUUUACCCUGCAGGCGGCCUCAGCCUGAAGCACGCACUCGUUUUGAACAGUUGUUUAUCAGUUUCCCGUUUCUUUUAAGUGUUUCUUGUGCAGCUGGAGCAUGAGUUUCCCCUCAAGGGAAACAUUCAAGUCUUAUCUUUAAGUCGCAGCUCAUUCUCUGUCAGGGGUCACACUGCUGUUUGUUUUAUUGCGGCUAAAACCUAAAAGCACCCUCUGUUGAUCUCCGAGGAGCUACAUCUUAUUUAUGUGUUUAAUAGAAACCUCCUUUUUGUUUCCAGUGUAAAGCAGCUAAACCGGGCCCUCCUCCUGUACCUCCAGUCAAACCCAGCCCUCCUCCAGCUGCCAGACUCAAACCGUGCCCUCCUCCGCUACCCCCAGUGAAGCCACAGCCUCACAAACCAACAUGAAUCGCCUUCGAAGAAUCAAAGUUUGACCAAAGCAGAGGGGAAACGUGAAUGAAGCGAGAGAGGGCGUCUCUUUUCCAGGAUUAAAUCUGUGUGAGUCACGGGCGCUCAAGAGAGUUUGGAAAAAGUUAACUCUUCGUCUUCAGAGAUGUCGUUGGUGACCGGGGGCUUCACCAGCUGAGAGUGUUUGAUGACAUGAGACCAAAGAGCUGCAGGGAAAACUCUCCCUGAGCUCGUGAACUCUUGGAGCUGUUGUUGCUGUUGUUUGUUGGUGCUCUCUGCCUGUUGUCUUUGUCAUAAAUCUGACGUCUGGGUUUUUUUAAUGCACUUUUUUGAGUGUGAGCAAAAUGACGCUCAUAUAAAAAUGUACUUUUUAAAUAUUUAUUUGAUGAUUGUCUUGUCGGGGACUGCACAGAAAUCAGUCAGGGGAGGAAAAGCAGGUCUUGGUGCUUUUUUUUUUUCUUCUUAUUGUUGCUGAGAAGUCGUUUGUAGUCGUACUUUUUUAAGGAGCAGAUUUUUAAAUUUGAGAUAUUCUCUUUUUACAUUUUUUGUGCACCUUUAAAGUUCACAUUCAUGUGCCUCUGCAGCGGCCCCUUACUUGCUGUUUCAUGAGAACUUGAGGCUAAUAUGACAAUCCUGUGGGAAAACUGUUCCUUACUCAGGCAUCAUAAUUCUACUUUUAUAGAUGUUUUUGUGAAAACUAUGACAGUAAAUCCUCUUAUUUCCUUCUUUGAGUCUGUUUCUGGCUCUGACGCUGCUGAAUGUCUCACUGCUGUCCUUACUAGUCACUAACUUUGUCUUGUUUUGGUGCUGAUCCGAUCGAUCACAGCACAGCAGCUUCGUCAGUCUAAAGAAAUACAAAAAUGCUUCAGUGGCUGUUCUUUAAAUUAGCGACUCUGAAAAGACCAAAUUCCUCUUUGUAUUUUUUUUGUUUUAUGUUAGUUUAUCUGAUCUGUUCAGCUUUAAAAUCAACACUUUUAACUCUGUUUUUGGUCUCCACCACCUCCUGAGUAACAUCUGCCUCCACUUUAUUUCCUUGUAGGUCUCCGAGUUUGUCUUUAUUCAUGUUUGCUGAGGUUAAAUUGUGAUCUUUUCCUCCUCAAUCUAAGACGUCACCCUCCUGAUAUUAGGUCUUUACUCUUGUAAAUUAUUACUUAACGAUCUUGUAACAAUUUAUUCUUCAGUUUUCAGCUUUUUCCUCUCCUAAAUUUACAGUUUUAGUCUCAAAGUGUCAGGUUCUUUUAUCUUUAGGGUUGCCCUGAUACUUCAUUGUAAUUUUGCAUCCCAUGCUUGUGUCCACCUGUGUGGUUAAUUGAGUAAGGUGCCCCCUUGUGGACAAAGAGACACCCGUUUUGUUUUCUUAGUUUAUUUUUUUUCUUGUACAUCAGGUGAAAAUCUGAUCCUCCUGUCACUGUGAGUUUUUAUCGUACAAGGAUAUGUAGAAAGGCUUUUCAUGUGUUAUGCGCUUCAUCUCUUGGACACAAACAUUAGAUGCAGAGUUAAAACACGCCUUCAUGUGCUGAAGAAGUUGUCUGCAUAUUUCUUUUCUAACCACUUUUGAUGUGUUGAUGUUAAUAUCAUGUAUGCAGACUGACAAAGCUGUUUUCGGUCACCUCCACCACCUGAGUUUAACAGCUUUUUCUUCAGCUGCUAAAAGUCACAGAUUUUGUCUCUUGUUUUAGGGAGGAGUGAAAUUUAAGCCAGCUUUUUCCUUAUCACAGAGAGUCAAAGGAGUCUUAUCUAAAAGAAAGAAAGGACUGUGGAUUUCUCCAUAGAUCUGCAUCAUUUUAUACGGUCUUAAAACUGCCCAAAGUCAGCCUGUGCCUUCUUCAAUGUCCUUCCUUUGUACUUGAAAACAGCGAGCAGUAAACACUCUUUGGGAGGCUCUGCACAGUUCGGACAAAUGUGUGUUACUGUGGUUCACCUUUGAGCAUUUAUCUCCAGUCUUCAGAAGCCAGUAUUUGUUUUUCUCUGCACUGAAAUUGUUUUAAGGGCAACAGUCGGUGUUUGUUUCAGUCAAUAAAUGCACUUUUGAAUAUGUAUGACGUCAGAAGCAGAAAGAGACGAUUGUGUUGCAUUAAGAGAUUACAUAAUUUAUCACUGUGAAGUAAAACAUGACCAAGUAAUGAUUCUCUGCUGCUGUUUAUGACGCGACUUGUAUAAUGAUUAAACAUUUUCCUGUACGGCUGUAUUGUGCUGGCUGCUCUGUG